AUGCAGCCAUUCCAGAUCUAUCGCCAUGCCGUGACGGCCACGAUGAUAGCGGCGGCAUUCCUCAUGGACAAGAGCUUCGGUACUGCUACUGAAUAUGACAACGAACGGUUGAACAUUUCUACCGCCGACUCUCACGGGAAUCUGUCCUCACAUCACCACGAAUCCCCUCCGGGCGAUUUCCCCAUAUGUACGGAUGUGAACGGGACCUUCGUACCCUUCUGCCUUCCCAUGGAUGGAGCAGAUGUUCAUGUCGACGCGACAUACUAUGUGACCUGGAACGCCGACUUCUAUCCCCUCAACGCGACGAUUACCAUUGAGCUGAGGUAUUCGAACUCGACCGAGGGGGAUUCGGCUUUCACCUCGGAGAAAACCGACAAUAGCUACGGCUACAUUCCUAUGCACAUGCAUGGAGAAUGGCUACAGGGAAAGUCGCAGAAUGCAUUGACAUUCUAUAUCAUCGAGCUUGAUCUUGAGUCGGAUCGACGAGCGAAUGCUCAGCAGGGACCAACCAUCAUACUUCGGCACAAGCCCGUUGAGCAUUGGCAGCCUUCUCCCCAGUUACCAUUCAACAAAAUGGCACUUUAUAUCGGACUCCCCGUAAGUCUUGCCGUUGUAGUGGCCGUUGUACUGGGCCUAUUCUUUGGUAUGCAGAACAGAAGAAAGAUCGGGAUUGGGAGUAUCAUGGGCUCUCGAGGUGCCGGAUAUGCGGUCGGAAAGUCCAGGAACCAACGCAUGGGUCAAAACCAAAAGGAAUCCGAAAGUGAUGGUCCGCCGCUUUGGAAACAGUUCACGGAUGAGACCGACUCGACCCUGCCCGAGAUCAACCAGUCCGCCGUGUUCGAUGACCUGGAGCGCACAGCAAGCUACGCAUUCAAUCGGGAUCAGUCCAAAUUCAAGAGCUGGAAAUUUUGA